AUGCACAACUUCACCGCCGAGGUCUGGGGCGCCGAUUGGGGACAGGAUGUGAGAAAUGGAAUUCGCUUGCGGCCAAACGGUGACCGUAGCGUCAGUCAGUUUGUCCGCCAGUGGGACUGGCGAUGUGAAAAGGGACACGCAAAUUCGUCGCAGGCCGGCUCGUGCCUUCCCUUUCACCCGCCAAUCAUUUGGCUCUUGGGAAAAUUUGAUAUACCCCUUCGGCCGGAAUCCCUAUGGCCGGCUAGGCUUUGCGACCUCCCGUCCCGUCAAUCAGCCCCGUAUGGGCUACGAACGAGUGAGGCCGUCGGCCCACUCUCGGUUGGUAGGUUGGUCUCUGUCAGCCCGCAAUGCGUUCGGUCCAAUUACAAAUUUAUGCCGAGGCCUAAUUCUGGUGAUGGGCAAGAGGAAACUUUUCGCAUGCCUCAACCCUCGCGACGCGCACAAUUGGACAAGCACAAGGGCUCAGUGAGAGUUGACUGUGGCUGA